AUGACUACCGUUGAAAAGAUCAAGUCCAUCGAGGAGGAGAUGGCUAGAACACAAAAGAACAAGGCCACCGAAAAGCAUCUGGGUAUGCUUAAGGCUAAGUUGGCCAAGCUCAGAGCAGACUUGCUCAAAGAUGCAGCAGCUAGCGGUGGUGGUGCUGGUGUAGGUUUUGAUGUGAGAAAGAGCGGUGUGGCUUCCAUCGGUUUCGUUGGAUUUCCAUCCGUGGGUAAAUCCACCUUAUUGACAAAGCUUACGGGUACAACUUCUGAAGUUGCAGCAUACGAGUUCACAACUUUAACGACCGUUCCGGGUGUCAUCAAGUAUCGAGGUGCAAAGAUCCAGAUGUUAGAUUUGCCUGGUAUUAUUGAAGGUGCCAAGGAUGGUAGAGGUAGAGGUCGUCAAGUUAUCGCUGUGGCGAGAUCCUGUGACCUAAUCUUCAUUGUGUUGGAUGUCAACAAGCCACUCCGCCAUAAACAAAUCAUCGAGCACGAGUUAGAGGGUUUUGGAAUUAGGCUCAACAAGACGCCUCCAGAUAUCAUAGUGAAAAAGAAGGAGAAAGGUGGUAUUAGUAUCACCUCCACUGUGGCCUUGACUAAAAUUGAUGAUGAUGAAGUCAAGGCAGUUUUGAACGAGUACAGAAUCAAUUCCUGCGAAGUAUCAUUCCGUCAAGAUGCCACAGUCGAUGACUUGAUUGAUGUUCUUGAGGCACACAAUAGGAAGUACAUUCCGGCAGUGUAUGUUCUCAACAAGAUUGACUCAUUCUCUAUUGAAGAGCUUGAGCUUUUAUACCGUAUUCCAAAUGCUGUUCCGAUCUCAAGUGGGAAUGAAUGGAAUCUGGAUGAACUACUGGAGGUCAUGUGGGACCGUUUGAAUCUAGUUCGUGUCUAUACCAAGCCCAAGGGCCGCUUGCCAGAUUUCUCGGACCCUGUUGUUCUGAAAGGCGAUAAAAGCACGGUUGAGGAGUUUUGUAUGAAAAUCCACAAGUCUUUGGUUGAUGACUUCAAAUCGGCCUUGGUUUUCGGUACCAGUGUGAAGCAUCAAAACCAAUACGUCGGUCUGUCUCAUGAAUUACAAGACGAGGAUGUCAUUACCAUCCUAAAGAAAUGA